GAAGCACAUUCGAGUGCGCAGGAGCCGCUCUCCCGCAGCCUAGAGUCGCUCUCCUGCAGCCCGGAGCGAGGGAGCAGCUGGCGCCCAGAGCCCGAGAGCAACCCGGGAGCGAGAAGGAGGCGAGGGGAUAGAGCCGCGCUGAAGAAGCGGAAGCCGAGCGGGGAGGGGAAAGCGAGCCUCAGCAGGUGGAAACCAGAUCUAGAGCCAACCCGCUGGGUCCACGGCAUUGUUUUUGUGGACGAGAAGAAAGUACCUGAGGAUUGCCCUUUCCCCCAUCUCAGGCAGCGAAAACUACUUCUAUCCUCCUUUAAAGAAAGGACCAAGGGGAAGCCAAGGCAAUCCCUGAGAGCUGCAGGGAAAUCCAGGCUGUCUUUUUGCACGGACCAGAGCCAUCCUGCUUUCGAAGAGCCCCUUGGUUCUGGAGAAUUCCAGCUGGACCAGCGAGACUGCUCUAUUUUUACACUUAAAUAUAUAUGUCCUCUAGCGACACGAUCCUUGUUGGUAAGCACAGGUGACAAGGACGGGUCGGUACAAAGGAAUAUUUUUCAGUUUUUCCCUUUUCUCUGCUCGUCUGGGUAGAGGUCAGGAGUGGUCCCGAUUUCGAAAAAGGGCGUAUAAAUUUGAAAAGUCUCUCUUUACCUGCACCCACAUACUGACGCACAUACGCGCUUAGAGAGGCAGGUUGCUUUUGGAAAGGCUGGAACCCAACUAAGAAAGAUGGAAAAAGGAGCGCGGCACCGCAGCAGCGCGGAGAAGAACGCCCCUGCCGAUGGCGAGUGCGAGGCCGGACCCGGGGCCGGCUCCGGGGCGGGCGGGGUGGCCCUGAAGAAGGAGAUCGGAUUGGUCAGCGCCUGCGGGAUCAUCGUGGGGAACAUCAUUGGCUCUGGAAUCUUUGUCUCACCAAAGGGUGUGCUGGAGAACGCUGGCUCUGUGGGCCUUGCUCUCAUUGUCUGGAUUGUGACGGGGGUCAUCACAGCUGUGGGAGCCCUCUGCUAUGCUGAGCUGGGGGUCACCAUCCCCAAAUCCGGAGGCGACUACUCUUAUGUCAAGGAUAUCUUCGGAGGACUAGCUGGGUUCCUGAGGCUAUGGAUUGCUGUGCUGGUGAUCUACCCCACCAACCAAGCUGUCAUCGCCCUCACCUUCUCCAACUACGUGCUGCAGCCACUCUUCCCCACCUGCUUCCCACCUGAGUCUGGACUUCGACUCCUGGCUGCCAUCUGCUUAUUGCUCCUCACAUGGGUCAACUGUUCCAGCGUGCGAUGGGCCACCCGGGUUCAGGAUGUCUUUACAGCUGGGAAGCUUCUUGCUCUGGCCCUGAUCAUCGUCAUGGGGGUUGUACAGAUAUGCAAAGGAGAAUACUUCUGGCUGGAGCCAAAGAAUGCCUUUGAAAAUUUCCAAGAACCCGACAUUGGCCUCAUCGCACUGGCUUUCCUUCAGGGCUCCUUUGCCUAUGGUGGCUGGAACUUUCUUAAUUAUGUGACUGAAGAACUUGUUGACCCCUACAAGAACCUUCCCAGAGCCAUCUUCAUCUCCAUCCCACUGGUCACAUUUGUGUAUGUCUUUGCCAAUGUCGCGUAUGUCACUGCAAUGUCCCCCCAGGAGCUGCUGGCAUCAAACGCAGUCGCUGUGACGUUUGGAGAGAAGCUCCUCGGAGUCAUGGCCUGGAUCAUGCCCAUUUCUGUUGCCCUGUCCACAUUUGGAGGCGUUAACGGGUCUCUCUUCACCUCCUCCCGGCUAUUCUUUGCUGGAGCCAGAGAAGGCCACCUUCCCAGUGUGCUGGCCAUGAUCCAUGUGAAGCGCUGCACACCGAUCCCAGCCCUGCUCUUUACGUGCAUCUCCACCCUGCUGAUGCUGGUCACCAGCGACAUGUACACACUUAUCAACUACGUGGGCUUCAUCAACUACCUCUUCUACGGGGUCACGGUUGCUGGACAGAUAGUCCUUCGCUGGAAGAAGCCUGACAUUCCUCGCCCCAUCAAGAUCAACUUGCUGUUCCCCAUCAUCUACUUGCUGUUCUGGGCCUUCUUGCUGAUCUUCAGCCUGUGGUCAGAGCCGGUGGUAUGCGGCAUUGGCCUAGCCAUCAUGCUGACAGGAGUGCCUGUCUAUUUCCUGGGUGUUUAUUGGCAAAACAAGCCCAAGGGCUUCAAUGACUUCAUUGAGUUGCUAACCUUGGUGAGCCAGAAGAUGUGUGUGGUCGUGUACCCAAUGGAGAAGGGGGACUCGGAGAUAUCAGGGCUGGGAGAGGAUGUGGUAGAGCAGCGGCAGUCCUUCUGCCAGCCAGCACCCGCCAAGGAUCAAGACUCAGAGGAGCAGCUACAGGCCUGAGGACUGCCCAUCCCUCAGCUAGUUACGCCCUCCUUCCUCCCUUUCCUGCCCUGCCUCCCUGUCUGGGACCCCAACACACAUGCAGCACAGCUGGAACUGGACCUGGGUGAGGGGGUGAACAGAUCUAAACAAAUGUCCUGACAUCUCUACCCAAAGAAGCAGCCCUCUCCUCAGGGCCAAGCCCCCUCACAAGGACUGCCCUCCCUCUGAGCAUUAGAGGGCAGUGGAGAUGCCAAGGCUGCCCUGCAGCGCCUUCCAGGCCUCACCCUCAGUGCCUCUUAGGGAGCUGAGCUCAAUACUGCCUUUCCUCCCCAUUCCUGGGCCCAAAAGAGCCUUGGUUCAGAGAGAAGAGGCAGUCACCAUGAGCUGGUUGGGGAAGACAGACUGAGGAGUCUAUCACUGGAGGUCAGUGGAGAGACUUAGACCUUCUUUCUUGACCACGACCCAAAACCGGAAGGGAUGCUCCCCCUGUGCUCUUCCCCAACCAUGCCACUGUCCCUCCAUCACCAGCUGUCUUGGGCUCCCUGUUGGAGAAAGGCUCCUUUCAGGACACCUCCUCCCCACUGAGCUAAGGCCCACAAGGAGGGGGAAUGGAGGGGAGCGGGGAGGUGAUGACAGCCCCAGUCCUGAGCCAGGCCUGCCCCUGCCCCCUGCAUUCUGCCCCCGACACAUGGUGCCAAAGCUUCCCAAAACAGAAAGCUGCCUUUUUUCUUUCAGUGUAGUGGCUAUUGCUCUCCCUCCUAAAGACAACACCACUCUGCCCCUCCUCCUGCCCCACCCCAUGGGAAGGGGCAAUGGUCCUCUUAUCCUACAGCUGUACCCCCACACCCACAUGGAACCAGAACUGCCACCCCAUCCCAUCAGGUCCUUUCCUCCUUUCUGGACCUUGGCUCAGGGACCAGAUGUGAAGGAUCCCCAAGCCCUUCAGGCCUGAAACCAGAGCCAAUCCAGCCUUAAGUCACCUUCCAGCCAAGAACUGGACCUAAAAAUACUCCCUGAUUUCUAAUCCUCAGGACAGGCAUGGUAUUAAAUGCCUUCCCUGGGUGGAAGGGUGCUUUCCUGUCCUCAGAGCUGUCUGGUCCACAGCCCAUAUGGUUGUCUGGGAGAGCAUUUUCGGAAGGCCUGGGCCUCUCCCUGCUACCCCUCACAUAACCCCUCCCUCCUUAUAGCCUCACUACUCACAUCUUGGAUCAGAUGGGAGGGCAGUGGCAGAAUGGUGUCCACUUUGAAAAUAAGAGACUCAGAAAAUAAGAGACCUCAGACAAGCAUCCUCUCUGUGGUAUGUGGGCUUUUGAUCUUUGGCAUUUGCCCAGGCUGUGCAGCCUCGCCAGCCAAACCCGCCGUGCUGACACAGGCCCCAUUUAUCCCAAAGCAUGACCCCCUACACACUCCAUCUACUUAAACUGGAACACCCAGGGAGCCCCUCCUGGCCCAGAUAGCGUCUCCCAGCUUUCCACCCGGCUCUCCUGACCCCUUGUUGGUAAGAUGCUGGGUUUGGACUGAGUUACAGACCCUCCAAGUAGACACCAGCUGGCUGGAGUGGGCCCUGGAGGACCAGGGGACCAUCUUCCUCUUUCCUUUCUUCUCAUUCCUCCAGCCUCUUCCCCUCUUUCAGUUAUUUUUGUUUUUGUAAAGCAGAUGCCUUACUUUUUGGAUAAAUAUUUUCGAAGCUGUUAUUUCUAUUUCUUUUGGAAUUUUUUUUAAUGGAAGAUUGUUUUGGGGAGUGGAAUUAGAUUCUUGACAAUCUUGUCAUAAAGUUCGUUUAGGUUUUAGAAUUUUGUUCAUUUGUUUUGUGGAGGUCUUGUUUUUCUUUAAAUAUAAUAAAAUUUUAAG